CAUGAAUUGUCCUUAAUUUCUUAAUAAUUCAUAUGUGAUCUAUUCCUUUAAUCUUUCUCAGAGAAAAUACUGUGAAAGAAAUGGAGUAUCAGAUAGUGCAGGGAGACUGAAUUCCGCCCUGUUCCUUGCAGGCAGUCCUUCUGUACAAUGCUAGCUUUGUGUUUAUCUGAGAACUGAACCUUCUACAGGUGUCUCAAGUUGCAGGGAGAAGCCAGGCUUCCUUCCCCCAGCAAGGACAGGGAGCAGGCUCUGGCCAAGGCCUGUGCUGCUCUUGCUCCUUCUCCCUGUGCCCAGGGUUUGCUCUCUUCUUCCCAGGAGCCGCUGUGCCCAGGUGCGGGAGUGCGCGGCCGAGCUCCUCCUGUCUUUGAUGGAGAGAAUGGGAGUCACAAAGCUCGCAGACACCCCCAGGGCUGAGAUGCUGGCACACGUGGCAGGGAAGCUUGCACAGGACUGUCACCAGGACACAAGGCAUUUUGGACAGGAGAUGGUGAAGGUGUUUCUGAGUCACCAAAAAUUGAAAAUGCUUUUGGAACGAUCUCUUUCCACCCGUGACCUGGAAGACAUUCUGACAAGAAUUAAGAAGAAAGGGAUGGAAAACCAGAAGAGUGAAUGCCCAUCUGUCAAGGAGCCGGUGGAGAAGAGGAAUGAUGGCCCGAAGAAGCCCCAGGACACGAUGCCUUCUAGCAAACGGGUGGAGUCUACUUCUGAUGGACGCCUAUUACACCGUGCGAAAGCCCAGGUCACGUUACCUGCAGCUGUGGAAGAGAUGGAUAUGCUCCAGAAGCUUUACCAUCUCCUGCAAGCCAAGGGGUUUCAGACACGGCUGGAAGGAGUGGCACUCCUCCCAGAGCUGUGCAAAAGCAGCCCCCAGCUAAUCUCCAAGAACAUUGUCCAAAUUUUUGAUUAUUUUGUCCUGAGAAUAUGUGACAGCCACAAGAAAGUGAGGCAGAAGGCGCUGGACGUGCUGGCUGAAAUCAUAGGCCUCCUGGAUGAUGCCAUGAACCCGGUGAUGAUCCGCUUGGUAGAAGGAAUAGCAAAGAACCUGAGCUCAAAUGAUCCCGGGGUUCAUGCUGCAGCUGUGAGAGCACUGGAAGAAUCCGUUGCUCAUUUAGAUAAAGUAUCACUGAUGAAAGAGUUCAGCCACCAAUGGAGCCAACUGAGCGGCCAAGCUCUGCUGGAUGUCGCAGAGUGUAUCGCAGAGCUCGUGGAGUGGGUUUAUGCCAGGAGCCCUGAAGUCGUCCAGCGCUAUGCCCUGCCCGUGCUCUGGUCCUUCCUGGACAACAAAGCGCUGCCUGUCCGCAGUGCCAACAUCCGCACUGUGGCCACCAAGCUUGCCCUGGCCCUCUACGAGGCGAUGGGCAACAAGCUGAAGAAAUGUGCAGCCAGCAAGCCUCCACACAUGCGGGAGAACCUCUCCAACAUUUUGUACUGGUGAAGGCAGGAUGUUCUCCAGGAAGAUGACCAAGUGCUGAGUUGGACACCUCCGGAUUUGACUUCUUAGCUGUGCCAAAAAUGACAAAACACUAAGGAAGGGUGUGCAUCGGCCCCCGCUCUCUCCAUCGCCCUUCCUAGUCAUGACAUGGGGGGCCUGAAGAAACUCCAGACUGAAGACAAGGUGAAGGCUGAGCAUGGAUCAGCCUCACACAGAGACCUGACUGGCUAUCCUCUUACCAAGAGGUUUUCUCUGGACACUCCUGAUUGUCUCUUACCCGCAAAGUCCUUGCUUCCCAUCCAGAAGAGCUCUCAUCCCUCCAAGCUCAGGAAGAAGCUGCCGCCUGCCUGAAGAGUAGUUGAAGAAUAGGAUUUAUGCAUUAGUCUUCAUAGAUAUAGAUAUACAUAUGUUCUGAUAUUUAGAUGUAGUUUUGAUUAAAUGUAUUUUGAUUGUAUCUUGAAAUUUUAUGACAUAUUUUUAAGUGUAUAUAUUUUAGUUU